GAUACGUGAUAGCGUCAGUGUGAGACGACUCACCGAUGCCUCCCUCUCUCAGCCUUCAUUAACCAAAGGUUUUUAAAAAGAGCUUCAGCUUUAAGCGAGACCUCUCGGGGGCCGAGGGGACGUCUGCUGUGAUGGAUUGUGCCGCUCCGCAGAGGCUGAAGCUGGUGAUCGUGUUCCUGCUUGUAUCUACCAACAUUGUCUGUCUGCACGGAAACCCCAUCACAGGUAUGAACCACAGUCUUCGCUGUGUAACAGAUUAUCUGCACACCAUCAACUGCUCCCUGAGCAUCGCGCCGUCACAAAGCAGCAACUGCUCCUACAAGCUCACUUUCAUACAUACAUUUGAAAAAGUCGGGUUCGACUGUAUGCUGACGAACACCGAUGGGGAUUACUUCUGCUCCGCUAAAAAAACGCCUGAUACCGUUUAUUCCACGUUUGAUGGUUCAGAUAGUUAUGUAAUCUCACUUUGUCACCAUCAAAAUGACGGGUCUGAAAUCUGUGAGGUGCUGGAUGACGAAUUUGAGCCUCUGAUUAACAUUAAACCAAACGCACCGUGCUGCCUCACAGUCAGCCACAACGCAAGUCAGCGCCACUUCACCUGGAUAAGUACAUAUGAGAUAUAUGAUCUUCACAUCGCUCUGGUCAGCGAGCUCCAGUAUCAGCUCCAUUACUACAAACGAGACAAUCAAAACGUGUUAUCGCAUUACAUUGAAGCCACAAGUUUGAAUUAUUCUGUGGAUGAUCACAAUUUUGCGCCAGACACCGAGUACGCUGCCAGAGUGCGGACGAGUCCUAAUCAGGUUUCCUACAAGGGACAGUGGAGCGACUGGUCUUCUGAGGUUUACUGGGAGACGCAGUCAGCUGUGAAUGAUCUCCCAUUUGUUUUUGGACUGGGUAAAGUGAUCAUCUUACUUGUGAUGGUGCCAAUCGUCCUACUUUUCUGCUACGCUCCGGUUAAAAAGUGGCGGCAGAGUGCCUUCAUCCCAACCCCAGCACCCUAUUUCCACACCCUGUACAGCGACUUCCAGGGAGAUUUCAAGAGCUGGGUGGUCACACAAGAACACACAGCAGACAUGCUGAAGGCAGAGGAAACGCUCCAAAUCGACACGCUGACCAAGUGUGCAGUUGUUGAGGAGGAAGAAUGUCAGCCCCAGUUUCACCACCAGUUCAUGGAGGGCAGCACAUACAGCAAUAUAACUGACCCAGGCUGUGAUCCGUCUCUCCUGGGCGGGAUCCCGUACGCUGUGAUCACAAUGGCCCCGUUAUCAUCUACAGGGAGCACACAGCCUAGGGAGCCCUGCUGAUGAAGACUCAGGGUGUUGGCUGGAGAGGGACCCUCCCUGGUACUGCAAUGAGUACUGCACCUUAAGCGCCUUCCAGCAGAGCAGUCCAGUCAAAGCAGAGCAGCAUGGGAGCCCGUCAACCUAAUCCUGCUCAUCAGGGAUCAUCAGGGUGGCGGCCAUCACUGAAGUAUAAGUUCAUGUGUGUGUAGUAACUGUACAGUAAAAUAGUGAAGUUGAAAUUUAAAUAAUGUUGGGCCUAAAAGUUCAAUUAUACACAUCUACACAGGGACAUGUAAUGCUUAAAAGACUAAAGCUAAUAAGUGUACAUUCUUAGUUUUUGCAGUAGAUAUAUUUAAUGUGCGCUUGUAUUUGUAAAAUGUUUUCACAGCUUUGAGCAUAACGUAGAUGAUGUGAAAUGUAAUUGCAAAAAUGUUUUACUUGCAUCAAAUGAGUAAACUGUAAAGGAAGUUAUAGCAAUUGUUUUUAUGAUGACUGAAUAGUUUUGCAUCGUCUGAAACCUUAGAGAAUAAGUUGAACAUGCUGUAUUUUUUAACCCAUGUAAUAAAGAAAAUGCUUUAA